AUGGAAGGUAGAAAAAUCGUGAUUUCAGGUGCAGGCCGCGGGCUUGGUCGUGCGUUGGCUAUCGUCGCUGCUUCUCAGGGAGCCACUCCGAUAUUGCUGGGAAGAUCCCAGAGCGCAUUGCAAGAAGUCAGCGAGACGAUCAAGAGUAACAGCGGCGGAACAGCGUACCCUAUUAUCUGCGACCUUUCAGACCCUACUUCCGUGGCUAAAGCGACAAAGGAGAUAGCCGAAUCGCAUUCUGAUAUUGACAUCUUGGUCAACAAUGGAGCCCAUUUUACCGAAGGCAGUUUCGACAAGCAAACCGACGAUCAGAUCCUGUCGGUCGUGAACUCAGCAGUCACUGGUACCAUGAUCUUGACACGACAGCUUCUGCCUUUACUGAAACAACGACCACGUGCAGACGUUCAUAACGUCGUGUCCAUGUCUGGUCUCCAGUACGCAAGGCUCACGGGCGCUUCACUCCCCUUCAGAGCCGCAAAAGCUGCUCAGGAUGGCUUUACACAGGGCUUGGUGGAGGAACUGAAAGGUACAUCGGUACGCGUCACUUCAGUUUAUCCCGGAUUGAUUGAGGAUGUGUCGCCUACUAGUGCGGAGUGGCAAAAGCAUCGUAGCUUUGAUGAGGGCAUAACGAACAAGAGCGUCGUCGACACGAUCAUCUACGCCCUAUCGGCGCCCCCAAACGUGUCCUUACGCUCUAUCGUUAUCGAGCGAACUCAUUCAGAUUUCCUAAUUUGA